GCCACGUUCAAGAGCCGGAGACUGUCUGCCCGUCCAGGUCACCAGUGGCCGCUAUGAGCACGCCAAACAACGAGCCACAGGAUUUGGAGAAUGGAACACCGGAAGUCCCGCGGCAACAGCGGAGCUCACUGCCGUCGUUCCUUUUCAUAACCUUCGUUCUAUUCAUGCUCACAAGCGGCCGCGGAGACGAGCUGUCCUUGACACGGGAUCAGUACCUCAACGGCCUACAGUCAUUGAACUAUCAGUUAUCCAACUACAGUGCCUGGCUGAAUGGGACAGCUUCGAAUUUUACACUCCCCGUGGAGGAUCCGAACACUAUGCCGUUGGUCGAGGCGUUCCUGCCGUUUGGCUCUGAGAUCGAUCCGAAGCAGGGGUCGUACUACUCGAACAUGACAGGCUUCUGGCAUGGCGAUACACAGCUGCACAAUCUUACCGCACUCAACGCCUCAGAGGCCGCGUCGUCUUGGAGGCAUCUAUCAGAGCAGUUCUUGCUUCCUGUGAAUCUCAGCGCGAUACCGGAUCUUCUAGGACCUUGGAACUGGACUGCAACGAACAAGCUCUCGCUCAGCGUGGGCGACAAGCUGAUACUAUUCGAACACGGUGGUGACAAGCACGAAGAUAUUGCCGUAAUACAUGGAAAACUUGACUUGUCAGAUCCGGACAGCUCGGAUGAGCUAAGGCUCGACUUCGAAGGCAUCCAUGUUUUGUCGACAGGCUCGGUAUACGCUCUGGCCGAAUCUGGAGGGCGUGGUGUGGAUUUACGUGUUCUUCCCGCUCUCGUUCCGGAGAGGUUCAGGAAUGAAAGUUCGCGUGCCGUAGAAGUCGAACUGACAACGCGUAUAUCAAAGCUGAAGGAGAAGAUCGACGCGGGGCUAUUCGAGCAAGAUUCGGCUGAAGCAGACGACAGCCCGAAGACCAAGUGCUCCUUCCAGCUAUUCGCGCAGCUCGAGCAGACCAACGUUCCGAAAGACCUCAUGGACGAGCUCGAGAGCGAAAUCGACGAACCGACGGGUAUCACCACCGUCAACGCUCCUGAACUGGUUUUUGACGGCGUGCUGCUCAGUCAGAACUGUAGCAUCCUCUACGAGAUCAAGCACACAGUCGGCGUCCAAUCCCAGAGGCUGUAUAGGAAGAUCACGACGUACUCUGGUGUUGCGACCGUGGUCAACCUUCUUCUCCUUGGGCUCUUCCGCAAGCAGGCAGCGCAGAGUAGCUCUGCAAUCGGCCUCUCUCGGGUGUCUCGGUACACCUUCCUGAUUCAGAGUCUCAUUGACGCAAUAUCGUUCAUUGGUCACAUCACGCUCGGGAUCCUAGCCGAGGGGCGUCCUUCGCUCUCGGUUCUCGCGCCGGCUGGUUUGGCAUGUCUGCUCUUUGUGUACGAGGCGCAAAUGGCUGUUCUGAUCGGUCAAAUCCAAGCCCCAGAAGAUGCUCCUACUCCCCAACCGGCUCCGAUACCGCUGCCGCCACCGCCGACUCCACCACAGCAGACAGCGGCCGCAGAUGGACCAGCCGCGGAUGGGGAGAAUGGCCCAGUUGCACCUCCUGCCCCGCCGCCCGUAGCCCCAGUGACGCCAACCCUCCCCGCUCGACCGUCAUUCCUGCAGUUCCUCUGGACUCAUAUCCGGACUGAUCCAGCAGCCCGACUUUGGACUUUGCUGUCGCUAUCGCUCAUUGUCGUGUUCCGCAUCGUCAUUGCGCUGUCGCUGCCGCUGUUCUUCAUCGGCUCGCUCUUCUCGAGCAUGUGGAUGAUGCAGAUAUACCGUUCCGCGCGCCGCUCACGCACAAGCGGGCUGUCAGUGGAGUACCUCGUGGGCACGACGCUAGGUCGGCUAUUUUUCGCAUGCUACUUCCUCGGAUGUCCGAAGAACAUCCUCGAUGUGCAGCCGCGCAGGUGGAUAUACGCCGUAGCGCUGUUGAUGUUUGUCCAAGUGUCCGUCAUCUUCCUGCAGGAACGCGUCGACCCUGCGUUCUUCCUUCCCAAACGGAUGUCGCGCGCGCCGACGCACGACUACCACCCGUCCAUGCCUCUGCCAGACCCCGAGGCGCCGGAGCAGACGCUCGGGGACUGCGCGAUCUGCAUGGACGCGAUCCUUGUCGACCCCUCGUUGCGUCGACGGUCCAAGUCCAGCGACGGGAAGGAACGCCCCACCAUCGGCCGUGCGGGCGGGAUCUUGGGCAAGGUGGCUGCAUCGAGAAAGACGUACAGCCUUGCGCCGUGUCACCAUCUUUUCCACACUGCCUGUCUGGAAAGAUGGCUCGCGAUCAAGAAUAUCUGCCCGCAGUGCCGUCGGCCGCUACCACCCUUGUAGUAGUAUUGUUUCUCUGUUUGGAUGUCUUUCGUUGCGGUACGUCGACCGCUAUCUUAAUGUACGGUCUCGGAAUAUACCAUACGGCGUCGCUAUGCGUAAUAUCA